AUGCCAGCUCAAAAGUCCUUCAAGAUCAAGCAAAAGUUGGCUAAGGCCAAGAAGCAAAACAGAACUUUGCCACAAUGGAUUAGAUUGAGAACCAACAACACUAUCCGUUACAACGCUAAGAGAAGACACUGGAGAAGAACUAAGAUGAACAUCUAA